UGAAGAGCGGCGUCCGUUGUUGUUGAUUGUUGGUUAUUUUAUUUCAUGAAUGUACGUAUUGUAAUUCAAAGUGAAGUAAACAUUUUUUGAUAAACAAAAUGAUGCGAAAUCCCAAGUUAGAAGAGUUCGAAAUAGAAAUGAAACCAUUAAGAAAAACAGGACGACAAAAGUUUUCAGAUUUCGUUUACAAUGAUGAAACUGGAACAAUUAUGGGCAGGACUCCUGAAAGUUGGGGAAAGAUCAUCCUCUUCUACGUAAUAUUCUAUGGAGCGCUCAUAGGUCUAUUCUCCAUAUGCAUGGUGACAUUCUUACAACAAUUCAUCAACCCAAGAGUGCCGAGGUUACAACAAGAUGGUGGACUCAUCGGUACAAGCCCUGGGCUCGGCUUCCGACCAUUGCCUGAAGAUGUAAGAAGUACCCUUAUAUGGUAUAAGGGUACAGGGUACGAUAGCUACAGGUUUUGGGAGGAUCAGCUCAUUGACUUUUUAUCUGUGUACAAGAAGAAAGGUCAAACAGCGGGCGCCGGUCAGAACAUAUUCAACUGCGACUUCCGUAACCUCCCACCUCCCGGCAAAGUGUGCGAUGUGGACAUACGAGGUUUUGAACCGUGCACCGAAGAAAACCACUUCUCGUACCAUAAGUCGUCGCCGUGUAUCUUCUUGAAACUAAACAAAAUAUUCGGAUGGCGACCGGAAUUCUACAACGAUACGAACAACUUACCACUGAGUAUGCCUCCAGAGUUACAGAGCAGUAUAAAAAAUAUCACUGGAUAUAAUAGAGAUGCGGCUAACAUGAUAUGGGUGUCGUGUCAAGGUGAAACCCCAACAGACCAGGAGAACAUCGGACCGAUCACAUAUUUACCAUAUCCAGGGUUCCCGGGUUAUUUCUACCCGUACAAUAAUGCUGAAGGGUAUCUGAGUCCCUUGGUAGCCGUGCAUCUACAAAGCCCUGCGACCGGUAUAGUCAUUAACAUAGAAUGUCGCGCGUGGGCCAGAAAUAUAAAAUACGACAGAAAAGAGAAGCUGGGAGUCGUCCAUUUUGAACUCAUGAUCGAGUAGACUGUUAUAUACCUCCAUGACAUUCGGUCUUUCCAGUAGACCGCGGUCUUAGUAGACCAACAGAUUGAUCCUAUUUUUAUAGGUAUUUUAGUUAAAUAUUUAGCAAUAGGUUUGACAUGAAGGAUAUUUUUUUCGAAUCUCGUGUUGGUCUUUUCAGUAGAAUAUGUUUGUGCUUAUAUGAUACUUUUAUUUUAUCAUUAUGUAUGUAAGUAGUUUGACUUUUAUCAAAAGACCUCAGUAGACCAAGUAAAUCCCAGUAGACUAACGAAUCUCAAUAACUUCUACAAAUUAGACAUUUAAUAUCAAUGUAAUUAAUGAUGAAGAUGAUCUGAAUUUAUCGGCUGAAUUUACGUUAGUGUAAUGAUUUUUUAUACUUUUUAUUUUUAAAUAUUUUAUAAAAAAAAAAAAUUAUGAAUUUGCAUUUUCCGAAUUCA